CCUUUUCUCAAGCUUUAAUGGCGUGAGACCGUACCUGAGAGUGCGAGUGUAGAUGUAUAUGUAUAUGUGUACGUAUAUUCUCAGUAUAACCGUAGCACCGUAUGCCGUAUGUAAUCCAUUCAUCUUUGCAUGCUUCACCAACUCCUGAUAAAGAAAACCCAAAACCCAAAAUGAGUUGAAACAAGAAAAUUACAAUAAACACUUCAAGGGGGGCAACCAAAAAAAAAAAAAAGGGAACAAAAAACACCGCCACAGCCAUUGCCAUUCUUAUCAUCCGGACUUUGGAUAAUCCGAGACCAACGCCUAGAUGAUAAACGCGGGUAAUUUAUUGCGGUUAUUGGGCAUUUUCCAGUUUUCUGAUCAGUUGUUCAGUGGGUAUUAUUGAUGAUUUGAUUGCUUUUAUUUGUUGUGAGAUAGUAUUGAUAUUCUGUCUGUGUUGUAAUAUUUAUAGUGGAUUUGUUGUUUUUUUGUUGGAUUUUGUGAUGUUUGAGAGAGUUGGGAUUGAGAACAGAAUUGGAGUGAAGAUGAAGGAUGAUGAGGAGCUGGAGAUGUUGUUGGAUGAGAUCCCUCAUGCAACAUCCUUCAAUCUUCAUCAUCCACAUAGCAAUGGAUAUUAUGAUUAUGAUGGGAGGGGUGAUCAUGGCCAUGGGUCUAAUGUGAGGCAUAAAGUGUAUGAGCAUACAUGUGUUUCCCCUGUCAGUGGAUUUUCAUUGAAAUCUGAUGGCUCUUCAUCUAGCUUGUUCUCUGGUGGAUCACCCACCCCUUCCCCAUUGGAAGAGGUAAAACCCCAUUUGCUGUGUGGUACUUCUGGUAGUGUAAACAGAUCUCCUGAUUGUUAUGUUGAUAAGAGGCUGAGUGAGAGUAAUUUUCAUGAACUGAAUCUGUCUAGGAAUUUCGGUAAAAUGUAUAUUAAUGAGGAGCAGGAGAGUGGUUUAAUUGGUCCCAAUAGUUUUCAGUCUCGUGAUCACUCAGUUGCCAAGAAUAUGAAAAUGGUUUCUGAGAAGUACUGGGGUUUUGAUAAUAGUAGGAAGGGGUUUUCUGAUUUUGGAGGUCUUGCAUCCCCUGUUCCAGUGACGAGAAAUCCUCUAGGUGUUAGUGGUCAGGUGGCUUCUCCAGUGGUACGAUCAUCCUCGUAUGAUAUUGGGGGCGUUAAUCUAUAUGCAAUGAAAUACUCUCCUGGUCUGUCAAAUGGAUUGGUUUCUGAAUUGAAUUCGAGCAGCAGUGCUAUUGAUUCACAACUCCACCAGACAAAAGUGCCCACCAGUCCUCUCUAUCAGAUAGGAAUUCCAUUCUCAGACUUGCCAAGUAAUGUUACGAGCAAUGCUGCUGCUAGUUUUCCAUAUGCUCCACGAAAUGGAAGGUAUGCUACUGAAGAUUCUAACAAUGUGCCUCACUUGACUCACAUAAAGCCUCAUAUCGAUUCAGAAAAUGUGUUCUAUUCGCAUCAAACAGUGUCAAAUGGAAGGUACCAGGCACAUUCCAAUGCUAGAAUGCCUAACGGAAACCUUGAGGCCUUUGAUCGGGAGGAUAGCUUUAUUAUUCAAGGGGAACACGUAAAAUAUGGCAUGAGCAACGGGCAUCGUAGUUCAAUGGGACACACCAGUAAGAGAUCCGUACAUGAGACUAGUUUGGUUAUGCCUCAAGAAAAGACGUCACAGAUAGAUGGCUGUCCCCAGAUCAAAGGCGUUCAGGAAAGUGGUCUUGGUGGGAGGUUUUACUUCCCUUUCUCUCAGCCACUCAAGCUUACCUCACUUGGAGAAGCUCAAGGGUAUAUAUAUCAUAUAGCAAAGGAUCAACAUGGUUGCAGAUUCUUGCAAAGAAUGUUUGAUGAGGGAACUCCUCGAGAUGUGCAGAUAAUAUUUAGUGAGAUAAUUGAUCAUGCUGCCGAACUUAUGAUGAACCCUUUUGGAAAUUACCUUAUGCAAAAACUGUUGGAAGUGUGCAAUGAAGAACAAAGAAUGGAAAUACUUCUCAGAGUGACUGAAGAGCCAGGCCAGCUUGUCAGAAUAUCCUUAAAUACCCAUGGAACUAGAGUGGUUCAAAAGUUGAUCGAGACACUGAAAACCAGGCAGCAAAUCUCGCUAGUUGUUUCAUCACUUGAACCAGGAUUUCUUGCUCUUAUCAAGGACUUGAAUGGUAAUCAUGUUAUCCAGAGAUGCUUGCAGUAUCUUACCAAUGGAGACAGUAAGUUCAUAUUUGUUGCAGCUGCAAAGUACUGCGUUGAUAUUGCAACACAUCAACAUGGCUGUUGUGUUCUUCAAAGAUGCAUCGCCCAUGCUACUGGAGAACAUCGGGAAAACCUGGUUGCAGAAAUUUCUGCCAAUGGACUUCUUCUAGCUCAGGAUGCAUUUGGAAAUUAUGUUGUUCAAUUCAUAAUGGAGCUUAAGAUACCAUCUGUGACAUCCAAGUUAAUGUCUCACUUUGAGGGUAACUUUGUGCAUCUCUCAACGCAGAAGUUCAGCAGCCAUGUGGUUGAAAAAUGCCUUAUCGUAUGCGACUAUAAGGUCCAGUCGAAGAUAAUCCAUGAACUGGUCUCUGCAACUCACUUUGAGCAGCUGCUUCAGGACCCACAUGCCAAUUAUGUUGUUCAAACAGCUCUUCGAAUUUCGGAGGGUUGUCUACAUAGUUCAUUACUCGAUGCAAUCGAGUCCCAUAAGGCAAUCUCCCGUAACAGCCCCUAUUCCAAGCGGAUUUUCUCAAACAAACUGUGGAAGAAGUGAGAUGUAAAUGGUAAGAGAAUUGAAUUUGAAGGUGUUGAUAUGUUCUUAAUUCAUUGAUCGAGCCUGCCAUACAGGCCAGGCCAGGCCAGUUCUGCUAUAUAUAUAUCCCCGCGAGAAUUGAACGAACUUCUUCUUUACCUCAUCAACAUGUAUGCAUGCCAGCCAAUAACUCCAUCUGCAAUUUUGCUCUCUAGCUGCAAUAUUUUAUCUCACUUGGAUUUUUUUCCCCAAGAAUUGCCAAGUGUAAAAGACCAAGAAAUCAUGUUUCAUGUUUCUUAAUGUACAAUGUAUUAUUAAUUUGUUGUUAUUAUGGUCACCUUUGAGGAUAUUUCU